CUUACGCCUUUGUCCUUAUUCCACACCAUCGGUAGGGGUCGAUAUUUACAAUGCUUACAAACCUCGUUUUGUUUCUGAACAUCCUCUUGUUUCAAUCCUACAAUGCGCAAACAGUAUAGUUCUCCAUUUCUUUGCUCAUAUUGAUAUUGUUUAUAUCUGCGCUGUGGGCAAUGGAGACCUGCAUAGUAAAAUCUCCAUGCUUUCCAUCAUCAGCUCAGUUAUCCACCAAACUAAGCCUUAGGAAGAAAUCAUUACAGAAGGUCUUGUCUUUUAGAUUCAUAGAAUCUCUUAAUGCUAAAAAACUUCAGGGCAAUUCCUCAAAUGGGCAGAUUCUUAGAGCAGUGCCAAUGCAGGAUGGUUUGGCUUCAGCUGUUACUGUUGCAACACCCACAAAGGCAGAGAAACAGAAGUUAUCUACGGCUGUGCCUAUUCCCACGGGCCCCCCUUUGACACCAGUGGAGGAAGCUGGUGCCGGAGAUUUGAUUCAGAAGGGGGUGGAUCCCACUGUGAGUAUCACUGUGGUGGGAGCUUCAGGAGACCUUGCCAAAAAGAAAAUAUUUCCUGCGCUCUUUGCUCUCUAUUAUGAAGAUUGUCUUCCUAAGCAUUUCACUGUAUAUGGUUUUGCACGGAGUAAGAUGACUGAUGCAGAAUUACGUCAGAUUAUUAGUGGUAAAUUGACCUGCAGGAUUGACAAGAGGGAAAACUGUGGAGAUAAAAUGGAGGAGUUUUUACAACGGUGCUUUUACCAUUCAGGGCAGUACAAUUCUGAGGAUGACUUUAGAGAGCUAGACAAAAAAUUGCAGGAACAUGAGGCAGGGAGAGUUGCAAAUCGAUUAUUUUACUUGUCCAUCCCUCCAAAUGUUUUUGUGGAUGUGGCAAGGUGUGCUAGUCGUUCUUCAUCUUCUGCUAGUGGAUGGACUCGAUUAAUUGUUGAAAAGCCUUUUGGUCGGGAUUCUGAGUCAUCUGCUGAACUUACAAGAGGUCUGAAACAAUACUUAUCUGAGGAGCAGAUUUACCGGAUUGAUCAUUAUCUGGGGAAAGAACUUGUUGAAAAUCUUUCUGUUCUAAGGUUUUCCAAUCUGAUAUUUGAACCCUUGUGGUCAAGGCAAUAUAUAAGGAACGUACAACUGAUUUUUUCAGAGGACUUUGGAACAGAAGGUCGAGGAGGGUACUUUGAUAACUAUGGAAUUAUCCGCGAUAUAAUGCAGAACCACCUGCUUCAAAUAUUAGCUCUUUUUGCAAUGGAAACACCAGUCAGUUUGGAUGCAGAAGACAUACGGAAUGAAAAGGUCAAAGUGUUGCGCUCAAUGAUGCCAUUGCAACUUGAAAAUGUGGUAAUUGGUCAAUACAAGAGCCAUGUUAAAGGUGGUGUGACAUAUCCUGGGUAUACAGAUGAUAAGACAGUGCCCAAAGAUAGCUUAACUCCAACAUUUGCAGCAGCGGCUCUUUUCAUUGACAAUUCCAGAUGGGAUGGUGUACCUUUCCUUAUGAAAGCUGGAAAGGCUUUACAUAAUAGACGUGCAGAAAUUAGGGUUCAGUUUAGACAUGUUCCGGGGAACCUGUACAAGAGAAAAUUUGGAACAGACUUGGACAGAGCUACCAAUGAGCUUGUCAUUCGUGUCCAACCUGAUGAAGCUAUCUAUCUGAAAAUUAACAAUAAGAUUCCAGGUUUGGGCAUGAGGCUAGAUCGAAGUAAUUUGAACCUUCACUAUGCAGCAAGGUAUUCUGGAGAAAUUCCUGAUGCUUAUGAACGAUUGCUUUUGGAUGCAAUUGAAGGGGAGCGACGCUUGUUCAUCAGAAGUGAUGAACUUGAUGCAGCAUGGUCUCUAUUCACACCAUUGUUGAAAGAAUUAGAAUCAAAGAAGGUUUCACCUGAGCUUUAUCCAUAUGGCAGUCGAGGCCCAGUGGGAGCACAUUAUCUGGCUGCCAAAUACAAUGUCAGAUGGGGUGAUACAAGUACAGAUCCUCUGCAGUUCUGACUACUUUGGUGUCAGUUUUACGUGGCACUUUGCCAUAGAUAUUUUUCAUUGGUCAAGACAUUAUUGUUGAUUGGCAUGUCUCAAAGAACUUUCUUAUGAUUUGGUGCUAAUGGCAGAGGAUUUUUUUAGAAUUGUUUUAGUUGUGUUCGAAUCUGGCAUUCACAGUAAAUGAUAGAUAAUGAAUAAUCAUAUGGCAGGGCUUUUGCAAAAACCAGGAUGAGAGUUGGGUACAAUUGAGGAGAGUUUAGUUGGGUUUUUGGUGGUUCCAUGUUAAGGAAACGUAGGUGUUAAGGGACAUUCUCUAUGCUAUAUGGUCCUUACGAGACCCCAUAGUGAAAUGAAAACUGAUUACCAACAAUCUAUCACAAGCUUUGUUGCUGGAAAAAUUUCAUGCCUACAAAGCUUUACUUAAGAGAAUCAAGUUCUGUAAUAUAUCUUCAUGUU